ACCUUACCUACCUGUUGAUCUCUCAUCGCAGGUAGACAUUGUCUUUUUUUUAUAUAUAUAGAUAUACAAUAUGUCAUGGUUUACCUGUUUGCUUGGUAUUGUAUGGUUGGGGUGAGGCCUGGGCACCUGUAAUUUAUUUUUAUUAGAGGCAUUCCUAAAUUCUAGGUAGUUCAAGAUGAUUUCGAGUGAUUACGUGUUAGAAUUGUGCAAUGUUUUCUAUUCUGGCCAGGUGGAAAAAGGUUCCUGUCUUCAACGCAUGAUUGGCAACAUUAAAACAGGUGUUAUUCUUAAAGAUGUUUCCAUGUCGGUACAUUCUGGUGAAGUUCUGGCUGUAUUGGGAUCAAAAGGAAGUGGAAAAAAGGCGCUCUUAGAUGUAAUUUCUAGAAGAGCUCAAGGACCAAUCAGAGGCCAAAUCCUUCUCAACAGUCAUCCACUAAGCUUAUGUUUGUUUCAACAGAGAUGCGCCUAUGUAACUCAUAAAUGUGACUUCAUUUCUGGAUUAACUGUUCAACAGACUUUGUACUAUACACCAACCAAACUCUCAGGAUAUCUGAAAAAAUCCAAAGUAAAGCAGGUAAUGGCCGACCUAGCUUUAUCUCAAGUAGCAAAUAAAUGCAUUGAAGAUUUAACUCGAAGUGAAUACAGAAGACUAAUGAUUGGAGUCCAGUUAAUCAAAGAUCCUGUGGUUUUACUGCUAGAUGAACCCACAUGGGACUUGGAUCCAUUAAACACCUACUUGAUAGUUUCAAUUCUAUCCAAUGCAGCUAAAAAAUACGGCACCGCCAUUGUAUUGACGAUGGAGAAACCUCGUUCUGACGUUUUUCCAUUUCUAGAACGUGUCCUUUACCUAUGCCUAGGAGAUGUUGUAUAUACUGGAGGCACCAGACAAAUGUUGGAGUAUUUUAAUGCUAUCGGAUUUCCUUGUCCUCAGCUUGAAAAUCCUCUCAUGUAUUAUCUUUGUCUUUCUACAGUGGAUAGAAGGUCUAGGGAAAGAUUCGUAGAAAGUAACCAUCAAAUAGCUGCGCUUGUGGAGAAAUUCAAAAUUGAGGGUGGCAUGUUCAGGAAGGGUUCCAGUAUAAUAGGAACCAACCACAAUAUGGAACAUGGACUGCAUGGGAAUAAAGUCCCGCUCUUUAUUGGAAAACCUGGUUCUUUCCCAACAGGAUGGACGAUUUACACGAGACUAUUAGCAGCAACCUUAAGUUUCAAAAAAGCUGGUUUAUCUCAGACAUUUUUAAGACUGUUCUUCCUGCCUUUAUAUUUCUUUUUCCUUUGGUUAUUCUACAGGGAAAUGAAGGAUUGGCAACACACGUUUAUUUCACGAAGUGGACUAGUCCUUAAUUGUUUAUCAGCUACCUAUUUUAUAGGCAUUAUAAAUGCUAUCAUGAUAUAUCCAAGGUAUAGAACACGAUACUAUCAAGAAACACAGGAAGGGCUGUAUGGCGGAACAUUAUUUUUAUUAUCUUACAAUUUGGUGUCUCUUCCAUUUUCCUUCAUUUCAACAUUCGCUUCUACUGCUAUAAUCUUCACAUUAAUCGGCAGCUUCACCAAUCCGAUGGACUACAUCUAUUUUAGUCUUAUCCUGUGGGCGUCUUAUAUUUUUACUGAGCAGCAAACCAUGGCAAUCCUCAUGAUAAUUAAGGAUUAUUUAAAAGCAGCUAUUUUCAGUAUUUAUAUACCUGCCGUUUGUGUCACAUUGAGCAGUGGAAUCUUGAGGUCAAUUAAAGGUCUUCAAGACUGGCUAUACUACUUAACCUAUGCCACGCAAACUCGCUAUGCAGCAGCUUUCCUGAAUAGAAAAGUCUUCACCAAUCCCACGUUAAAUCAAAUAUUACCAUUUGAUUUACAACACAAUUGCACUCACAUGAAUUUCGAAACAUCACUUCUGAACGGCAUCAGCAGUCCCUACUGUAGAUACGCCAAUGGUCUUUCAUUUUUGACAGAAAGAUACGGUCGGGAUACCACUGAUAACAUCUUUAAUGGCAUAUUAGAAGAGGACACCAAUAUCGGAGUCACGUUUGCUUUUACUUUAGGGAUGAUUGUCUUCAAUCUGUUUUUGUAUCUAAUACCGUUGCCUUCUUUUAUCAAAGCCAAGUUUAGGGAAUAAACUUGUGUUUAAAAUUGCUCAGCAGUGCAAGUUGUAUAUUAUUUCCUUUAGGUGUACAGAAGAAUCAUAGAAAUAAUUCUUUUGUAGGAUAUUUGGAGUAAAUAACUCAAAAUUACGUUACUUAAAAUACUUCCAGAAGUAUUCUAAUACUUUCAAAGAUGUGGCAGAUCAGGAGCAGAUGGUGAUGGUUCAUUUAGAUACGUUUAAUGAAAAUGUAAUACCCUGAUUAAUAUUGAUAGGUGUUUACAUGGGCAAGGGGGUGUGUCUGUCCCUUCUGAAUUUGUAAUUUUUGAUUUUAUCACCAUUCUUUUCAUUAUGCCUGCGGCGUUUCGAACCUACCUAUAAGACUGGUCCCUCCUGGAAAUUUAUUGAACGGCGCCCAUGGGUGUUUAGACUAAAUAAUUUGACAUUAAUGCCAUUUGCGCAGUUCAGUCUUGAUUAAUUUAACCAGCGUCCUGACAUAGUUAUAUUUCAAUGCUGUUUUUUUAACCUACAGUUAAGUUUUAGUUAUUUGUAUUUUUGUAAAAUUUUAUAAAGAGGAAUUGAUGCGUACUAUUAUGAAUAGGGUUUACUGAAAAACAAUUAAAGUGAUAUAAUUUGUCCUUUUAUAAUUGAAAAUAUAUAAUUGCUGAUGGUUGUUUAUGAAUAUUUUAUCACUAGUUCUGAAUCUACGAUACUAACAAUAUAUAGUGUGAUCACUAAAAUUUAAUUUAAUUUUUAUAUAUGGUAUAGCACGUUUUUAGCUAAAAUAUCUUUAGAUUCUGUAAAAUCUGUUUUUUUUUUAAUAAUUGCAACGUUUUGUCAUUCUUUCCUAUUUAUCAUUUCUUCAUUUAAACUUUUGCUAGGUAAUUUUAGUAUGG